AUGAGCAAAAACCUUGCCUUGCAGGCAUACAGAAAUGCUCUCCGGGCCACCCGAGUGGCAUUUAAUGGAGAUCAGGUUGUUUUAAAUGCCGCCAGAACCAGAGUCAGAGAGGGUUUCGAAAGCAACCGUGCUCUUAGUGAUGAGGCCGAGAUCACUAAGGCCGUGACUGAACUCAAUGAAGUGGCACGGUUUCUUGUCAAGAACAUCGUUCAGGGUGAACAAGAGAAGGACGGAAGAUACUUCUUAAAGUUCCACGACAAGACGGAGCUUGGAAGCAACGAGAGCAUCAAGCAAAGCAACAGAGCCAACAUGGGCAGUUUGGCUGGAGUCAAGGCCAGAAAGUGCAGCGACAACUAA